CGUGGGCAAAACCUCCCUCCUGCACCAGUACGUGCACAAGACGUUUUACGAAGACUACCGCACCACGCUGGGCGCCAGCAUCCUGACCAAAGUCCUCGCGGUGGACAACACCCCCCUGAAACUGCAGAUCUGGGACACGGGGGGACAGGAGCGAUUCCGGUCCAUGGUGUCGACCUUUUACAAAGGCUCGGACGGCUGCAUGCUGGCCUUCGACGUGACGGACAAGGAGUCCUUUGAAUCCCUGGACAACUGGAGACAUGACUUCCUGGAGAAGGUCACCCCGCGGGAGCAAGAUUUCCCCAUGGUCGUGCUGGGGAACAAAAUAGACAUCUGCGAUCGGCAGGUAAGGGCGGAGGAGAGCGCGGG